CCCCGCCACUGAUUCGACCAAAAUGCAACUAACGCGCCCUAAUUGAAAUACCCGUCCCACGGCCAAGUGUUUCUUUCAAACAGUGAUAUAUAAUCUCUUUAUCACUUGGCAGUUUUCGAAAAUCUUCGUAGAAUAUGUCAGGGAGGUCAGCUGCUGAUGACUUCUUUGGCAUAGAGUAUAUGUCGACACAGCAGUCGCCAGCAGAAAAGCGGGAAUCGGAAGAAGAUAGAUCAGACACAUUUCUCAAAAAGACAACGAAUUCGACAACUUCUGUUCGUACUAAUGCUGAGGAAACUGAUGUCCAGUUAUCAGGAACGGAGUUCUUGGACCAGGCUUUUUUCGGUGAAGGGCUCAAACGUCACGAGAAGUUCUCUGCCGAAAAAGAUCUCAAUCAGUCGCAAGACUUUUUCGAGGAAAACUUUUUUAAAAGAAAACCUCUGAAAGAUAUGAACGCUGGAACUUCUCCGGAAUCUCAUUUGCCAGAAGAGUUGAGGAGCAAAGAUAUUCAUCAAGAACGAGCACCAGUUAAAGCUUCACGUAAACGUCGACAUGUUGAGAAGAAAACGAAGGAACCUUUAGAGGCAACAGUGGAGGAAUUCGAGGUCGAAAGUGGAGAACCAGGAGUGCAUCAUUCAGACGGUCUUGACAAAAUCCGUUCAAAGAUCCUCCCUGUGUGGAGACUGAAUCAGGACGAGUUGAUCGAUCUCAUGAUGGAGCGAGUAGUUUAUAGCGAUGAUAACAUAGUUGCUUUUGACAAACCAUAUGGCAUGGCUUACUCUGGCGCUUCUCCGAAGACUCCCCAACUCGACCGAAUUCUGCAAAAAUUAAAGGGAAGAAUCGCACCAAAAUGUGAACGGCUGCAUCUGGUGAAGUCGUUGGACAUGCAUCAAUCGGGUGUCAUCGUAUUUGCAACGAAUUCGUUGAUGCAGUCAACAUUGAAGGAUUGUAUAAAUUCCGGUCAAAUGGAACAAGUUAGCAGGUGCAUUGUUCGCGGUGAACUCACCGAUUCGCCCCUGAAAAUAACGAUACCUCUCAUCAAAACGGUGAAUGGUAGAGAUAUGAAGAUGAUGCCAUUGGUCACCAACAAGGCAAAAGGAGAAAUUUUCUAUGUAGAAUCCGAGUGCCGCACUAUCAGAGGGAAUCAGUAUGUCUCAAGCGUGGAGGCAAUCACACAUAAAGAAGCACCCCAUCAAGUACGUGCUCAUCUUGGGUUAGCUGGUUGUCCUUUGAUUGGGGAUGCAAAGUAUAGCACUUCUUCACCACGACCGCCAAGGCUUUCUUAUCAUGUGUUGAACAUGCUAGGCAUAACGGACUCGCAGAGCCGGAAGAUUCCUAUGUAUCUUCAUGUUAAAGAGGUCAACUUUCCUGGAAUAUCGAAGCCGGGCAGACCGUUACACAUGUCUGCUCCUCUCCCAGAACAUUUCUCUUGGAUGCUGAAGAAGUUGAAACUGCUAAAAUUGAAGCAUUGACAUGACAGUCAGUGCUUUUAUUUACAUAGUAUACGGGUGUUUCAUGUUGUCAACAAUACUUGAUACUUUGAUAUAAUGUUCUCUCCUCAAAGUUUUAUUCGAUAAUUGACACUUUUUGAUCUUCUCCUUGAACUUACUCUGACGCUUUUUCUAAUGUCGAAUAGUGAGGGUAUUUUACUACGAUUAUGUUGUGUUCAUCUAGAAGACUAGUGAAAGAUGUAGAUCACAGAAAGUGACUAGGUGCUGUUCUUGUUACUUGUCGUUUUAUUGUUUUGAUAAAUAAAUUUUUCAAAAUCA